AUGGGUGGAGCGGCAUCAGCUGUCAGACGGCUGACGCGGAGUUUUACCAAGAAGGUGCAUCCGGAGGGGCCGUGUCCAAAGCCAGACACGGCCGAAGGAAGGGAGCGAGAAGCGCCAGAGCACCCGAGCAAGCCGAGUAGGGACCUGAACAAAGAGUCAGGUCGCCGCCCCAGCAGGGCCGACAGGGCCGACAGGGCCGAAAGCGAAGGAGGCCCAGGCGGCCCAGGCGGCCCAGGCCGGGCGGAAGAUCGCCGGAACGCGCAGAGCCCUGCGCCGAUCAGAGGCGGAGGCGGAGGGAGCGGGGCCCUGCCGGACGCGAAGACCGCGAGCGGCGCGGCUUCCGAGCCGAGCCCGGCGAGGCCCCGGAAAGCGGCUGGCCACACGCAAUCGCAGCCAGCGCCGGAGAAGGCGAAGGCCGAGGCAGCGCAGGCGGUGGGGCCUUCGGCGCCUGCAGCGUAUCCAGCAGUAGAUCCGGUGUCGGAGGAUGGUGUUUGUCACGAUCAACCGGGUCAGCCGGUGCCUAGAGCAAAGAUCGCCACUCCGCCGGACAAACCUCAAUCACUGCCUCCUCCAUGGGUUCGGGUCCCGUAUGAGGACGACUCGUACUACUGGAACACCGAAACGGAUGAGGUCACGUGGGACUUCCCAGUUGUGGCCGAGUCUGUGCAUGGGGAACUUUGUGAUACACAGGUUCUACCGGGUGUCGAAAACCGUGAAUCCGAUGAAUCUGAGGAAGAGGAUCUUAUGGCGGUGUUGAGCUCUUGCCGGGAAGCGAAGGCCUGGGGCGUGCUGGAGAGCUUGGGCUCAAAGCAAGAAGACCAAGGUGUCCUCAGACAGGAGCUUUCGCCAUGCGCUCCAUCUCAAGCAGCAGGGACUGCUGCCACAUGUCAGCUGGUGGAUGAGCAUCUCCCAUCCAGGGAAGCCUUGGACUUGGACCGGGACGAAUCCAAUGGCACAUGCGCAGACGGAGCGGCCUUGGGAGAACUAGAGACGGAACGAGGCCCCGCACCUGGCAAGUCGGUAGACGUGCCGGCACAUCGUGAUCGACCUACCGGCUCGCCCUCUUCCAGAUUUGCAGAGACUUCUCCAAUCUCAGCUCUAGUGCUUCGUGCAGGCCCUUUAUCCGCCCAUGGAAGCAGGGCGAGCCAAUUCUAUGACCUCGUGAAACUGCGUCGUAGCACUGACUGCGCUGAAGGAGCCAACGGCUUCUUCGAGACUUAUCGAGUUUUGCGAAAGCGAGGAGGGGACGCCCAAGCGCUCUCCAGCAGCUGGCAGGACAAGGCCUGGCAUUCAGCUCAGGAAGGUUUGGAGCGGGGCCCUGAGGAGGUCCGCACCGAGGAUGACAGCACAGGCGAGGAUGUUGUGAUGGCAAAGCAGCCAGAAGGCUCGAGGCCAUCUAGUCCGACCGCUGCGCAACCGAAGCGCAAUAAUGAAGUCUUUGCAAAGCGAAAGAGGACAAGGCAGCCGCCAAACAAGCAAACUAGUGGGGCUAAACAUACGGCAAAGCGUCAAGUGGCUACUCCAGCGCGCGCAUCUGCAGAUGCAGCACUGGUGGCAGAGCGCAUACACUUCGUCUGGGUCAUGUGGCAAGUGGAGCAAUGGCUGGGAAAGGUGAUCUCCCACGUGGACUGCACAAGCACGAACAGCGGCUGCAUGAGCAUAAAUGCAGAUCCAUUCGGCUUGCCGGAUGGCGGCACCACAACGACUGGUCAGCUGGUUAUGAGCAUUGCACAGACUGGAUCCGACAACGGUUUCAAAUGCUUCGAGACCUUGGUGAAGGCGGUGUGCAACACGGUCGACAAGCCGGAGGAGCCCAGGUACAGAGAGCUUCGGCGCGAUGUUGCUGCGGUUGUCCAGGUAGAUGCAGUCCCUGCCUGUGCGAUGCUUUUGCGGAGACUGGGCUUCAAGGACAUCGGUGAUCGGUACCGUCUUCAGUACAGCGGUCUCCGGUCUUCUGAGGUCGCUCGUUUCCAGUGUGCGCUGAAUGAGCUGGAGCAUUGCAGUGACCUGGUGGUCCGCCUGGCUCCAGCCAUCGAUGCCUUGGGUCUUCACUGGACCAAGCCCGAUGGAAGCUCCACGUUCAUGCCUGGUCCUACAUAUCGCGAGCGCCAGCAGCGAGAGCGUGACUUGCUCCAGAGUGCGAGAAAUGGAGGUUCCUGGACCGGGCAGACGGCCGGCGGGGAUUUCCCAUCUGCCGAUGACGACGAGGAAGCGCAGCUGCAGGAAGCGCUCAGACUGUCGAUGAUCGAAAGCUGA